UGGAUGCCUCCAGAAAGCAUCAUGUACAGGAAGUUCACCACAGAGAGUGACGUUUGGAGCUUCGGAGUCAUCCUAUGGGAGAUCUUCACUUACGGCAAACAGCCGUGGUUCCAGCUUGCCAAUAAUGAGGUGAUAGAGUGCAUUACUCAGGGCAGGGUACUGGAGCGCCCCAGGCUCUGUCCCAAAGAAGUCUACGAUAUGAUGCUGGGCUGCUGGCAGAGGGAGCCACAACAGCGCCUCAACAUUAAAGACAUUCAGAAGAUGCUGUUCACUCUGAUGAAAGCCACACCAGUCUACCUGGACAUACUGGGAUAGGAAUGGAUAUGACAAGAAAGGAAGGUUGAAAUAAAUCAUACAAAGAAUACACUGAAUUAAAGGGAGAUUGAUUGCCUUGGAGCAGAACUGCCCUAGACUCACAGCAUAGUGUGUGUGAUGGAACUAUGUGAAGUAGGACUAGGAAUGGACUCUACCUUGCAUCCAGCUGCCUGACAUAUAUGGCUUGGAAUGAACUAUCGUGAAGUAAUUUGCAUUUAACUGGAUUGGAAUUCACUGGAUUGCAUUGCAUUGCAUUGCAUCACAUUAUAAUCAAAGGCAACGUCUUGGACAUGACCUAAAUUGUUGGGUCUGGGCUUGUUUGGUCCAGUCUUACUCCUUUUUGAAUAAACUCAUGACAAAAAAAAACUUGAUUGUGAAGGAUGGAUUACAUCAAACUGGACUGAACUGGAUUAACCUAAUUAUGCUGGUCUGGUAUGGUUUGGUUUUCUUACUCCUAAUAAUUUAGGUAUCAUCAUUUGCUAGCCUAUGUAUCCCCAGUCUUAAUCAGUGCACCUUUAGUUCUAUCUUAAUGAAACUUGACCUAACCCGGUAGAAUCUGGCUCAGCUUGGCUAUAUUUCAAAUGUCCUGUCCUAGAUUAUAGUUUUGCUCAAUUUAACUACUUUAACAACAAACCCUAAAUUAGAGCUGUUUUAAUUGCCAGGCAUUUUUUGUCAAGUGGUUUUGCUGGUCCUUACAUAGUAAACCAUCCUCGACUUCCACUGUGGAAUGUAUUAAUUCAGAAGGAGGAUCUGCACAGAUCUGUGAUUCUUAAACAUUUGGAUGCCUGUGUGUUCCAGGGUAUCUUACCCAUACCUGUCUGCCUAUUCAUUUACAUGCCUUGGGUUUGCCAUUAUCACUUAACCAGACUCCGUGCCCUUAAUGUAUAACUUGAACAUGUUUAUGGCAAAUGUUUUGGAAGAUUUUUAUGACUCUUCACAGUUACUAAACCUGUCUCUUAAUUAAAUCUGUUAGGGUUAGCAUUCUAUUUAAUGACCCACUUAUAGGGUGUAAGACUUACUUCUGAUGGAUUAUUUAUUGCAAAGUGAUGAACAUUAUCUUUGGUAGGUGGUUCUUAGCAAAACCACUAGGAGAAGAAGCUGCAUCAUUUCAUUUUGGAACCUUUAUUGGCAUGACUACACCUGGAACCAGCAGCAUCCUUGGGCUGCAACCAUAAUUGUCCUGAUACAAACAUCUAAGAGACUAAAAUGCUGACAAAUUAAACCACCACAAUCUAGACAGUAAUCAGUAAAAGACAGACCAGACGGUUCUGUCUUAAUGUUAAGGGAAUGCAUUGUUCACAUUACCAUCUGUAGGACAGAUAAAAUUGUUCAAUUCUGUUCAUUGAAAUGUCAAGCAAGUGGGUCAACAAGAAAGGACAACUUACAUCAAACAUGUCACAUGCAGCAGCUAAUGUGCUCUUAAGUGCUAAUCCUAUGUUUUCAUCUUCAAAGCCUUCAUAAAUUCAUCUUAUAAUGCUGGACUCAUGUUACCCCACUAAGCUGUUCACCUCUGCAAGCACCCAACCAGACCUUCCAAUUUUGAGCCUGGAAGUGUGGCCUGUGUGACUGUCUGUCGCCAUAGAGUUGGACUUAAGUGCCUCCUAUGUCUUUCUAAACACUGGGAACUCAAAAAAGAAAAAAAAAACGUCUUUCAAAAUAAAAGCACUUUUACAUUUUGUUUACAUUUUGCUUAAAAAUGUACACUAGCUGUAAACCUACCUACUUUAAGCACUCUAUGUAUUGCAUAAAAACAAACAAACUCAAAAACAGGAAUAAAAAGAAUGAUAAAUAAAAAAAAACAACCCCUGGAGAAAAGCAAAGCAAAAAUGAACCAAAAAAAAGCUUUUUUAUACCUUUUGUAGCUUAACCCGAAUGUUGAACUACCCAAGGUGAAGUUAUAUUUUCUGUUUUUUUUAAGAACGAUAAAAAACAUAUUCUAUAUAUAUUUUUUUUUAAUUUUUAUUUUAGAUCAAAGAGUGGACCCCUACCAUCCUCUAAAGCCAUUGGAAUAUUCUGCCACUGGAUAGGAAGGAACUGAUCACCACUGAAAGACAACAAUUGGCUGGGCAGAAGCCUUCAAGGAUUACUUUAGUAUAGUGUUUCAUACCUGGAUCCACUCUGUCAGAUCCUGGACAUGAUCUAGAAACAUCAGCUGUAUGGUAACAGAAAUUCUGAACUGAGAGGAUAACCAGUCAAAUAACAAAAUAUUUCUCAAAAGAAGGGUAUAUACUGUAAAACUCUAUGUCUUGAGACAUGUUAAAGGA